AUGGCAGAUUCCGACACCGACGCGAGACGAGCGGCGUCGUCAAACGGGGGUUUAGAAGUGGAGGAGGAUUGCGAAGGCUUACUGACGGGGCGAGAAGAGAUAGUACACUACGACCUGGGGGGUUGUUACCCAUCUCUGAGCCCACAGCAGAAACGGCGACCUUUAGAGAUUCGUAAACAAGCCACACGCGCCUUGACGUGCUUCAGCGGCAAUGACAAUGGCGCAUUAUGCGCAUCGGCAGGGGAGAGCGAGAGGGAGAUUUUUGAGUCGACUAAGAAUUUUGUCGCCUUGUCGUGCUUCAGCGGCAAUGACAAUGGCGCAUUAUGCGCAUCGGCCGGUGAGAGCGAGAGUGAGAACGAGGAGGAGGGGGCGAGAGAAGAGGGGAGGAAAGGCGCGAGUGAGAGUGGGAGAGACGAUAGGAGUGAUCUUGAUUCGGCGGAGGGGUCGGAGGAGGCGGAGUGGGCGGAUGGGGCGGAGUGGGCGGAGGGGACGGGGAUGGCGGAGAGGGCGGAGAGGGCGGAGGGGAAUGCGUCUGCCGAUGGCGGGUAUGCAUUCCGCGGAUGGGAAUACGAGGCGGAGAUGGCAAUGCUGGCGGAAUCGGUUGCGGAAGAGGGGAUCGCGGAAAGGGGGAUUGCGGAAGAGGCAAAAGGGCAGCAUCGGGGGGAGUCGUGGCUGUGGAGUGUGGAGUGGUUCGUGUCGUGGCCGCUCAGGCGACUCAGCCACCCGUGGCGCAGGCGUCUGAUGUGGGUGUGGGUGCUGUUGGCAGUGGCCAUCCUGUCGCUGGUGUUUGCAGUGGCAUGGCAGCAUGCGCACGCGAACGAGAGGGACGACCUGGAGGGGCACUGCGACGAGUGGGCCACGUUCAUCGAGGCCAAGUUCAACAUCACCGCCGCCAACACACGCUCGAUUUCUGAUUUCAUCCGCGCCUACUACCUCAAUAACAUGAAGGAGGACUUGCUUGGCGUGCCCAAAUUCCAACGCUUCACUCAGGCGACUCUCGACAGCCGACCCAUGGCGUCAUUCGUGGGCUUCACUCUGCUGGUCAACAACACGUUCAUUCGGGACAUGGUGGAGAAAAACGCCAACCACUGCAUCUUCGCCCCAGAGCCCGACGACACGCUCUCCUGCCGCCCGCGCGACCUGCCCCUGUACGCGCCACUCGUCAUCUUCAACACUCGGAAGGGGUUCUACCCGCGCGUGAACCUCACUGCAGUCUGCUGCAACGACCUCAUGGCAGACCCAGCUUUUAACGACACGUUCCACCGGGCCAUCGACUCAGCGUCCUCUGCCAUGUCUCCGCCCUUCAUGCGCGACAACUACCCCUACCACUUUAUAGGAGAUGUCUUCCCAGUCUACUUCAACCUCACCACCUUCGCCCUGCCCCCCGCGCCCUCCCCUCCCUCCGUCGCCAUCCCCCCGCUCGCCACCCCUGAGGACCUCCCAAGGGGGUUUGUCAUCGCGGGGUAUAACUUUGCAAACCUGAGAUCGCUUGUGGGGUUUCAGCAGCUGGUGGAGCUGAACGCAAGGGUUUAUCUGGUGGAUGGGACGAGGGGUGGCGCUUGGGAUGGUGCACAGAAUAAGAAUGCGCGGAAUGGGGAUGGGGGGGAUGGGAGGGCUAGUAGGCACAUCUCAUACACCAAGCCGUUCAGCCCGUUUAUCUGGAUCAUCGUGGCCGCACUCUUCCUCUCCGUCUCCACCAUCCUCCUCUGGACGUGCAUCCAGCUCAUGCACGCCUUUGAGUGCGACUGUCAGCACCUAGCUGCCGCCCAACAUGAGCUGCGUGCCGCCCGCUUGGAGGCCGAGGCGGCGAGUCGAGCCAAAAGCGCGUUCCUCACGACGAUGUCGCACGAGAUCCGCACACCCAUGAACGGCGUUAUAGGCAUGCUGAAUCUACUGAUGGAGACUCCUCUAGAUAGGUCGCAGCAGGACUACGCAGAGACGGCGUGCAGCAGCGGGCGGGCGCUGUGUGCACUGAUCAACGACAUUCUCGACCUCUCCAAGAUCGAGGCCGAGAAGCUCCGCCUCGAGCGCAUCCCGCUCAACCUGCGCGCCGAGCUCGACGACGUGCUCGCACUCUUUGUGGAGAGCGCCCAGGAGAAGCGCUGCGUGGAGCUCGCCGCGUUUGUCGCCGACGACGUGCCGGAGAUGCUCGUGGGGGAUCCGCUACGGGUGAAGCAGAUCCUGAUCAACCUGAUAAGCAACGCAUUCAAGUUCACCACCCAAGGCCAUGUCUUCAUUGCGGUGCGUGUCGCAACCACCACCGACAGCACCAGCAGCCCCGCCCCCCUGCCGCUGCUCUCCCCUUCUUCCUCCACUUCCUCACCAUCACCAUCAGCAUCACCCUCACCACCACCCUCACCAUCACCAUCACCAUUACCAUCCUCGUCACCUCGCUCCAAAGCUUCUGCCAGCAGGCACCAAUCCCUUGACAAUGGCUUUGGCAAGGCAAGCAGGCUGGGAGAGGGGAAAGAUGCUGAUGAAAUUUCUGAGGAGCACCCUUCAAGCAUGUGUUCAGCAGGGAGGGAUCCUUGUCCACGUGUUGCUGCCUCUGCUGCUGUAAAAGGGAGGACUGGACCUGCUGGGGAUGAUGGCGAUGCUGACGCUGGUGGCAACACCUGCAUGGGUGGCAGUGUGGCCACUACUGCUGGUGGUGUGGGCGCUAGUGGCGGCAGUAGAUCCAUUGUGGAGGCAUCUGCUAAGCGUGCACGAUUGACGUUGAGUGGCCGGCCAGCCAUGCAGUCGUGGUGCUCGUGGGAGGGCAUGCGGGAGCACAUGGACCUUGCUGCCGUGGGCAUGGCCAAGGGAUAUGGGGAGGGAUAUUCUGAUGGGCAUGGCGAUGGGCAUGGCGAUGGGGAUGGCGAUGGGCAUCGUGAUGAUGGUGGCUGUCGCAUCGUGGGACCCGACCAGCUGGUGCGCCUGAUGGUGGCUGUGGAAGACACAGGUACCGGCAUCCCACGCCACGCUCGGAGGCACAUCUUCCGGCCGUACGCGCAGGCAGAGCGCAGCACGGCACGGCUGCACGGGGGGACUCGCAUCGGCCUCUCCAUCUGCAAGGUGGGUUGCGCUGCGCUGGUGCGAGGUGCGUUGUGUUGGGACAGCUGUGCUAAGUACAUUGCAUCGAGAUACACCUGCCUUGCAAGGUACUGUGCGCUGAGACACAUGCGUUGCCCUUCACAUCCCUCCCUUGCCCCUCCCACUCCCCAGUCCCUGCAGCGCCUGGUGUCGCUGAUGGGCGGAUCCAUCUCGUUCGUCACCAAGCUAUCUCCACCUCGCCUGGUGUCGCUGAUGGGCGGAUCCAUCUCGUUCGUCACCAAGCUAUCUCCACCUCGCCUGGUGUCGCUGAUGGGCGGAUCCAUCUCGUUCGUCACCAAGCUAUCUCCACCUCGCCUGGUGUCGCUGAUGGGCGGAUCCAUCUCGUUCGUCACCAAGCUAUCUCCACCUCGCCUGGUGUCGCUGAUGGGCGGAUCCAUCUUGUUCGUCACCAAGCUAUCUCCAUCUGCCCCCUCCCUGAAAUUCCCUGCCAUCCGUUCUAGCACUCCCUUCAUCCCCUCUCCUCCUCCCCCUCAAAGCUCAUGCCACUUCCCCCCUGAACCCACAAACCACCAGCCACUGCAACGGCAGCCGCAGCAGCAGAAGGGAGGAUGUGGGUUACAGAGUGAGAAUGCUGGGAGUGGUGGGAAUGACGGGAGGGCAACACAGGGUUGGGAGGGAGUGUGUGUGGUGAGUGUGGACGACCGGCCGGUGCGGCAUGCCGUCACUCUCUCUCUGCUGCGCCGCCUUGGCAUCUGCACCCUCCCCUGCCCCUCCUUCCACCUCCUCCCCCGCCUCCUCGCCCAACACCAUGCCUUGCACCACGGCUCUUGCAUGGCCAUGGGUCAUGGGUCAUGCCAUGCCAUGCAUGAUGACCCAUUGGAUGCGAUGGGACAUGCCUCGUGCUGUGCCUUGCACCAUGGGGCAUUGAGUCAUGCCAUGCGCGCUCCCAGCGAGCUGCAGGGGGAGCAGCAGGAGGAGCAGCAGGGGGAGCAGCAGGGGGAGAAGAAGCAGGGGGGGGAGCAGCAGGGGGAGAAGAAGCAACGCAAGGUUGAACCAACGUCUGAACCGUCUCUUGCUGCAACAUACCUCUCUCACCUCCUCUCUCCCAGUCGCACAACCAACCACCCCGCCCAUGCUCCAUGCACCGUCUCUCUCACGGCCUCACCAGCAGCACCCCGAAGACGGGCUCCUCGUGCCCUUCCCCCUCAUCAUCGCCGCGUUAACUCUACUCUCGACCCGUCUGCUCCUCCUCUGGAGCUGUUUGGCUCGCCGGCUGUGCUUGUGGCUCCAACAUCAGUCGCUCCCCUUUCCCGCCAGUACUCCUUCCCUCCUGUCACACUCCCUGCUUUUCCUCCCUGUCCUUCUCUCUCACUCGCUGCUUCUCCUCCCUGCCCGCCUCUCUCGGUCGCUGCUCCUCCUCCCUGCCCUCCUCUCUCCGUCGCCCGUCCUCGUCCCUGCCCGUCUCUCACUAUCGAUGUUCACUCCUCUACUGAGAGAAUUGCAAGCGGAGGGGAGGAGGAGCAACAGUGGCAUCAGCUGCAGCAACGGCGGUGGCAGUGGCAGCAGGAGGAAGAGAAGGAGACGGAGGAGGGGGAAGAGGGUAAGGAGGAGGACAAAGAAGAGGUGGAGGAGGAGGAGGAAGGAGAGGUGGAAGGAGGGGAGGAGGAUGGAGAGGCGCACGUGCAACAACGCGUUUCCAGGGUUUCUCGAAGAUCGCAGCAGCGGGUGCAUUAUAGGAGUUUGCGAGAGGCAGAAAGGCGGGGAUGGGUGGGAGCGGUGGUGGUGGAGGGGGAGAUGAUGCAGCGACUGGGCGUCACAGCAGAUCAGAUCCACGCUCUUGUGUCAGGUCAAUGGGGAGAGAACGCGAGUCCGGUUGGGGGGGAAGGGGAGAAAGGGAGGAAGGAGGGAGUGGGUAGUUGGCCUGUUCCUUUCCUCGUCCUUCUCCACGGCUCUUCUCCUCUCCCUCCCGACUCUCUUGCUAGAGGCCUCGCCGCCCCCGACAGUCUCAGCCCUUACAAGAGAGAUGCCUAUAAAGGGGACAGCUUCUCCUGUCAGCCUGGUUCGGACGAUCAACGAGGGGGUGGGUUGGGCCAGAGAAACAGGAGGAAGCGAGUAGCCGGAGGGAGGGACAGCGAGGAGGGCAGAGAGGGAAGCUUGGAGCAGAGUAGGAGCAGGGAAAGGGAGGGCAACCACCAAAGGCAAGCAGAAGAGGUAGAUGAAAGAGAAGAGGGGGAUGACUGUGAGUGCAACGAUGGGAUGAGCGGUUGUCAAGGCAGCAUCAGGAACAGGCCUCCUGCUCUGUCCAUCUCUCCCUCUACGCCCAUCCCUGCCUCUGCGGCUCGUCUCUCUCCCUCCCCUGCUCUCUCCCUCUUAUCCUCCCCAUCCAUCCCCUCGCUAUUGUCACUUGGCUUUGAUGCUGUCGUGAGGAAGCCCCUGCGGAAGGCGGCGCUGCUGGCGGCGCUUCUGCCGCUGUUCAGUGCAGACGUGGAGGAGGAGCAAGGUGAGUGUGGGCAAGCAGGAGGAGGAGCAGGAGGAGGAGCAGAGGCAGGAGGAGGAGAAGGAGGCAAGAAUGGGGAUGUGGCAAAGGGGCAGUGGGGUGGUGUGGUGCUGAGUCCAUCGUCCCUCCACAAGGCUGGCAGCAGCGCUGCAGCGGCUCUCUGGCGAGCUGUCACGUCCCCUCGAUCACUCAAGUCCCCACGGUCACUCAAGUCCCCACGAGCUCUCAAGUCCCCACAAGCUCUCAAGUUUCCCCUGUCACUCAAUUCCCCACCAUCACUCAAAUCCUUUCCCUUGUGCCCCUCCCACUCAUCCACCACUCUUACGACUCCAACCACUCCCACCACUCCAACCACUUUUAACACUCACAUCAUUCCCAACACUCCCAACACUCCUAAUACUCUCACCAUUCCCGGAACCCCAAGCACUCCCACGCGUAAAUCUGCCAAGUCCGAACAUGCAAGCCCCGUUGCGGUACCAAGCACGUCACCCAGUGCAAGUGGUGGUCCCUCUGCCUCUCUAGCUAUGCAUCUCGCACCCCACAUCCUCACCAGCAGCACCAGCGCCACAGCUGCUGCCGGAUCUGUUGCUGCUGCUGGUGCUGCUGCUGCUGCUGCUGCUGCUGCUGCUGCUGCUGCUGCUGCUGCUGCUGCUGGUGUUGCUGCUUCUGCUGCUGCCGGUUCUGUUGCUGCUGCUGUUGCCGCUCCUUCGAUGAGUUUUACAACUGCUACCGAUGCUACUUGUGCUGCUUCGGUUGAUUUGACAUCUGGUGCUGCUGCUGCCUCUAGUGUUGUGAGCGGAAGUGGUUUAUUGGAAGGGAGAGGUCUGAUGAGGGGCGCGGAUGCUGAGGAAGCACUUUCUGAUGCGCCUAAGAACUGCCAGCCCUUUGUGGCGCAGGGGGGGCGAGCGCUGGUAAGGAGCGGCAGUGCUGUGGAGAAGAUUUCUGAUUCGCCUCGGGGGUUGCGGCAGUAUGUGCCCCAGGGGGGGGUGCGAGCUCUGGUGAGGAGCGGUAGUGCUGUGGAAGAGCAUGCUAAGGCGCCUCAGGGAUUGCUGCUCUCUGUGGCGCAGGGAGGGCGAGCGCUGGUAAGGAGCGGCAGUGCUGUGGAAAAUAUUUAUGAUUCUCCUCAAGGGUGGCAGCACUAUGUGCCCCAGGGGGUGAGAGCUCUGGUGAGGAGCGGUAGUGCUGUGGAAGAACAUGCUAAGGCGCCUCAGGGAUUGCUGCACUCUGUGGCGCAGGGAGGGCGAGCGCUGGUACGGAGCGGCAGUGAUGUGGAAAAUAUUUCUGAUUCUCCUCAGGGGUGGCAGCGCUAUGUGCCCCAGGGGGUGCGAGCUCUGGUGAGGGGUGGAAGUGCGGUGGAAGCAGGUGGGGCAGCAGAACGUAGGGCAGAGAUGCAUGGGUCAAAGGGUGAAAGGAGGGCAGCAAAGCACGGAUCGGCAGGUGAAAGGAGAGCAGAUGGGAGGUUGCAUGGGAGAGGGAGUGAGCGACGGAGAAGCAGCGACGGUCGUUGCGUUGCUGCUGAUGCUGCUGGUGGUGCCGGUGGUGCUGCUGCUGCUGCUGCUGCUGGUCGAGUGCGUGGUUUUGGGAGUGUGCUUUAUUUCUCAGGGAUCCCUCCCCUGUAUGCUCGUCCUUCUGAUCUCACCCAGGCUUCAUCGUCUUCCUCCGUUGCCACACUCACUCCUUCCGUCACCCAUGCACCAUCACCAUCACUGUCGCCACCAGCAACAGCCCCACCAGCAGCCCCACCACCAGCAGUAGCAGCAUCCUCCUCAGCAGCAGCGACAGCAGUGACACAGAAGCCGGCAACGGUGGCAGAGGGGCUGAGUGUGCUGUUGGGUCGGCGGGUGAUGGUGGUGGAUGACAAUGCCAUCAACCGCAAGGUGGCCAGCAAGCUGCUGGAGAGGCACGGCGCGCGAGUCACCGCCGUGGAUGGCGGCAUCAAGGCGCUUCAAGCCCUCGCCCCGCCCCACCCCUACGACCUCGUUUUCAUGGACCUCCAGAUGCCGGGCAUGGAUGGGCUGGAGGCGACUCGCAGGAUCCGAGCGCGUGAGAGGGCUCAGGGCGGGGGGCAUGUGGCCAUCAUUGCGCUCACAGCGGAUGUGAUUGCCGGCACGCGCCACCACUGCUUUGCCGUCGGCAUGGAUGACUACCUCUCCAAACCCCUCCACGACGCGCAACUCUCCCAUGCCGUCUGGCGCUGCCUCGCCAAUGCAUGA